UUACUAUUUCAGAUACAUUUUGUCCCUAUAACACUGAAAACUUUGUGUGAGUGCGUGUGUGGAGUCCAAUUCGCCAAAAAAAUGCCUUCAUAAACCAAAAACACUCCCUAAAAAUCUAAAAAUGUCAAUAAAUGUCCUGAUGAGGGUACAAAUUGUGCCGAAAAGUGUGAAAAAAUUUUAAACAAACUUUCGUUCUGUCAUUUAGAGCCGGGAUCUUUUAAUAUAAAUAGAUUUUCUAGUUUAAGUAAAUUCCAAAUGGCUCCAACUGCAACGAUGAUUUCACAACCAAGUUUAACCAUUGUAAAGCGUCAACCCGAUUAUAACGGAAAUACGAAUUCGAUAUAUCAUCAUCAUCCUCACUCCUCAUACACAUCUUCACCGAAUUGGUAUCAAUAUUUAACCAUAGAACAAGGAUUAGAUUCAUAUUCAGUACAGCCUAAGUUGUUAUCUCCAAGUCCGGUUUGGAAUUCGUAUCCAACACCGCAAUAUAAUUAUUCAAUUUAUAAUAACAACGCGGAUAUAUGCGAAUUAACGGAACAAUUAAGUGAUUUAAACUUAAAUCAUUCGAAUCGACCAACAAAACGACCUCCUGCUACAUAUAUGUGUCAUUUAUGUUUUCAAAAAGGCCAUUAUAUAAAGGACUGUCCAAAAGCACGACCUAAAGGGGAGGGAAAGACGCCUUAUCAAGGUAGAAAACGUUGUUUUGGUGAAUACAAAUGCCCAAAGUGUAAGCGGAAGUGGAUGUCGGGGAAUUCGUGGGCUAAUAAAGGACAGGAAUGUAUUAAAUGUCGCAUUAACGUUUUCCCACACAGACAACGACCAUUAGAAAAACCCGACGGUUUGGACGUUUCCGAUCAAUCGAAGGUACAUCCGCAACAUUUGUGCCAAAAAUGUAAAGAACUCGGCUUUUAUUGCAGAAGGGUUCAAUAAGGAUUAUAUUUCUAUGCAUUAUUAAAAAGUACUCUUAUAAAAUUUUAUGUAAUUAUUUUAUUAGAAAUCAAUAAAAAUCUUCAUUUAA